AAAGCCAUUUUCUGCAACAAUGCUUUCUCCCCCUCUCCUCUUCUUCUCCUUCACUCUAUUAUUACUCUCAUAUUCAUUUCUGCUCCAAAGAAAUAGUAUUUACACUUGGUUUCCUGAGCAAUUACUAUGGAGUUUGAUGAUCACUACCUCCAGGCACAAAGACCCAAAUAUGACUGCCUUUUGUUUGAUCUAGAUGACACCCUUUAUCCUUAUAGUUCUGGUAUGGCAGCAGCAUGUGGCCAGAAUAUUAAAGAUUAUAUGGUUGAACACCUUGGCAUAGACAGGAGCAAAAUUACCGAACUGGGUAAUCUUCUGUACAAGAAUUAUGGGACAACAAUGGCAGGCCUAAGGGCAAUUGGGUAUGACUUUGAUUAUGAUGAGUACCACAGCUAUGUUCAUGGAAGAUUACCUUAUGAUAACUUAAAACCCGACCCUGUUUUAAGGAGUCUCUUAUUAAGCAUACCAAUCCGAAAAGUCAUCUUUACAAAUGCGGACAAAGUACAUGCGCUGAAAGUACUUGGCAAGCUCGGAUUGGAGGAUUGUUUCGAAGGGAUUAUAUGUUUCGAGACACUAAAUCCUACCCAUAAAAAUACAAUUUCUGAUGAUGAGGAUGACAUAGAAUUUAUAGGAUCAGCUUCUGCCACUACCCCUACAAUUACUCAUUAUAGUCCUGAAAUUUUUGAUAUUAUUGGACAUUUUGCACAAUCAAAUCCAACCACAGUCUUACCAAAGACUCCUAUUGUCUGCAAACCAUCAGAAAUUUCCAUAGAAAGAGCUCUGAAAAUAGCCAAUAUUAAUCCUCUAAGAACUUUGUUCUUCGAGGAUAGUGUCCGAAACAUACAAUCCGGAAAAAGAGUUGGUCUUGAUACUGUUCUGGUAGGGAGUUGUUUGAGAGUAAAAGGAGCAGAUUAUGCAUUAGAAAGCAUCCACAACUUGAGGGAAGCAGUUCCACAACUUUGGGAGGCUGAGAUUAAGGCAGAAGUUGAUUAUCCUUCCAAGCUUUCAAGAGAGACACCUGUCACUGCUUAGAACCAUAAUUAUCAUAUCAUUUUUAUUAAUUAAUUUCAAGUGAUUUGGAAUCCAUCCCUUCAAUGUAAUUGAGCUCUAAUCUCAAAAGAAGAUUCCAAAUUCAACAUGAAAAAAAAAAUUAUGUAAAUUGCCCCGUUCUCAGCAUGUAGUGUCAAUUUGUUCCAAUCAUUCGCAAAAUUGAAAUAAAGUUUUUAAUUUUAUA